CAAUCCCUAGUGCUUCCCCGACCAGAGAGAGCUUCGACACAACUGCACACCUCCGAUCCGAGCUGCGUUACACCAAAACCAAAACCUUCCUCUCAACACCAACAGCUCCGAGCCACUAUACAACUACUCCCGUCGCAACUCUCUUGCAGCGCCCCCUCCCAGUUUGCAUCGAACCUUCCCAAAUCGAGACCCCCCAACGCCCCAAGAUGAACCACAUAACUUCCCCCAACGAGCCAUUCCCUACCCCCUCCGCCCUCGCCGCGGCCACGACAACCCACACCCAGCGCAAUUUCCGCAUUGCCUCCCGCAAGCUUCCCAUCUCCAAGGCCGGCCCCAUCGACGAGAUGACGGCCUCUCUUGGCAUCCCGGUCCCCGAGAUGAUCUUCGGCGACAACCUCGUCUCCGUCUCCCACGUACCCACGGGCUGGUCCGUCUCCUUCAACGCCUACGACGCACUCGACGCUGUCGACAAGACGGACAAGAAGAUGCUCAAGGUCGCCUACGCCCGGGACUGGUCGUCGAGUAGAGAAAAGACGAGCGCGGGGAUCAAGGAGGUCGUCAAGCCAUACGACUGGUCCUACUCGACCGAGUACCGCGGCACCCUGAAAGAGCCCGACGCCCCGGGGCGAAAGCUGGAGGAGACAACGACGCGGCAGAUCCCGCUCGAGCUGCUCAAGCGCCGGGACCCGAUCCUCUUCUUCGACGACGUGGUGCUCUUCGAGAGCGAGCUCGACGACAACGGCAUCUCCAUCGUCAGCGUCAAGGUCCGCGUCCACGAGAAGCGCAUGUUGCUGCUGUGCCGCCUAUUCAUGCGCCUCGACAACGUCAUCGUGCGCAUCCGGGACACGAGGGUGUACGCCGACUUUGAGACGGACGAGGUCAUCCUGGAGUACACAGCCAAGGAGGACACCUUCGACAGCGUCAAGCGGUCGUUGUUCAUGGAGGGCAGGCUGCCGGAUGAUAUCACCAUCGCGUUGCGGGACCCGAACCUGCUCUACAACCUACUGCCGACGGUCGAGCAGACGGUGCAGAGCGUUUCUCUGAAGCAAUGAAACGCACCCUUCCCCACCCCCUUUCUCAACUAUUUGCUUCAUGGGUUUUGUUUCGCCUUUCAACUAGUGACCGGCGUUCAGGGCGAGAGAUGUAGUUUCAGGCGUUUCGGGCAUCGGGAAAAGCUUACGGGCAUGGUAGGGUACCGCGAUACCUCUGCAGGAAGAAUAAAGGAUUUGUCCAUACGCCCAUAAAUACGCAUCGCAAGCAUCAUGUGAAUGGAAU